AUGGCAGAACCUAAAGUUCACGAUGAUCCUGAUGUUCCAAAAGGCCGCAAGGCUUUUGUUCCUCUUGAAAACAACCCCGAAGUAAUGUCAGCUUUAGUCCACAAGCUUGGCCUCUCACCCACUCUGUCUUUCCACGACGUGUUCAGCAUUGAGGACCCAGAGCUUCUCUCCUUUAUUCCUCGCCCUGCAAACGCCCUCCUCCUCGUCUUCCCAGUCAGCAAAACCUACGAGAACUUCCGCGUACAAGAAGAUGGUAGCAAGGCUGAAUAUAAGGGCAAGGGGGCUGAUGAGCCGGUUAUAUGGUAUAAGCAGACCAUCAGGAAUGCUUGUGGAUUGAUUGGUAUCUUGCAUGCCGUGAGCAAUGGUAGUUCGAGGGAGUUCAUUCUACCCGGUUCAGACCUGGAGAAACUUGUCCAAGAUGCUACGCCAUUAGGACCCAUCGAGCGAGCAGACCUGUUAUAUAACUCUCAGGCUCUAGAGAGUGCACACCAAAGUGCUGCCAGCCAAGGACAAAGCGCUACACCAGAUGCCGAGGACAACAUCGACCUGCAUUACGUAUGUUUUGUCAAGGACGAGAAACAUCACCUGUGGGAAAUGGACGGACGAAGAAAAGGCCCUCUUGAUAGAGGAGUGCUUGGGGACACAGAGGAUGUUUUGAGCGAAAAGGCACUGGAUAUGGGACCAAGGCAGUUCUUGAAGAGAGAAGCAGAGGCUGAAGGUGGUGAGCUGAGAUUUAGUUUGAUAUCUUUGGCACCUAGCCUAGACUAG